AUGGAUGAUAAUUUUAUACAAAAUUCAAGGAAAAAAAAUAAGAAUGUAGAUAAUAUGAAUAAAAUAAAUUCCAUAAUAAUCCACAUGGAAUUGAUGAAUAAUAAUCUUAAGAAUAUUUUUUCGCAUGAACAGAUUUUCAGUGAUCAUGAUUCAUAUCUGCUAUUUAGGGGAAAGAUAUCUAAACGAAUAGUUGACUACUCUCAACUAAUUUCAAAUUGUAAUGAUAAAAUAUUGGACUGUGAAUAUUUAGAAGAUGACGACGAAAAAAGAAUUAAAGACACAUUAGAGGAACACUUGAAAAAUUUGGAAAAUUAUAAAAGAGGAUUAAGUAUAUGGUGGAAAAAAAACGAAAAGGACUUUCAUUGUUUGUGUAUGAAUAACUUCUUGAACCUCCAAAAAAGCGAUAGUGAUACUAUAACAACUGACAAAAAAAUAGAUAACAAAAGUUUAAAGGACACAAAAAAAAUAAUGAUAGACGAGAUUAAUCGAAUGAAAAACGUAAGGUCUGAGUUAUUGGAAUCUUCUCAAAAAUUGAAAAAACAAAAUGAAAUAUUUAACAUUUUUGAAGAAAGGUUAAGAUCUAGUGCAAACCUUAUAUUUUCCUUGAAGAAAAAAGCAGACAAUGACGCGCGAUAUGUGUGGUAUUCGUUUUUUAUAUUUCUAAGCGUUUGCGGAUAUAUCAUUAUGCGAAGAUUGGGGUUUAUUAGGGCUAUUAUAACUAUUUUAAAAUUUCUCUUUUCGGCACUUUUUUAUUUAAUAAAAAUGUGCAUAGGUUUAUUUUAUUUUAUGAAAGAAAAAAAUGGUAUCGAAAAUGAUUUUACAAGAAAGGAGGAUUUAUCGAAGAGUUUAGUAAUGGUUAUCGAAAACACGGAAUUAUAA